AGGAAGUAUCGCCGGAUAUAUCACCCUGCUGUGUAUGAACGGUCAGGGCACGCGCUGGCUGUAUCCGACCUACGCGUCGCUCAUGUCUUUCUGCGUACUGCUGCCCCUGUUGUCGACGUGGAGGCUGUCCAACAGCCGACCCCCUCGGCACAGCAGCGGCCGGGGGCUCUCCGUGACCUCCUUCCUCGAGGCCUACGUCGUGCCGAUGCGUCACCCGGGCUGCUUCCCCAGGGCGUGCCUGUGCCUCUUCACCUUCGGGCUCGGCACUGGUCCCAUCUUCUUCACCCUGCUGAUGGUCCGCGACAUGGUCGGGAUCACCGAGGAGAUGGAGCUCCAGAGGCACCGGGCGAAGCCGACCAAGCUCCUGGGGCAUGCUUUCCCCUCCUCUUUCUCCUUCGUCUUCCUCCUGGGAUGGCACCUGAUGUUGGACUUCCUCGAUCAGCUGCUGUUUUGCUUGCAAGGGGGGUGUGUCAACCAGGUCUGCCCCAGGCAGUUCAGCUGCGUGUCCAUCGCCUUCCUGGCCACCGCGGCGGUGAGCUCCGUGUGCGUGCGCAGCGACGCCUCCGAGGGGCCGCAGGCCGACACCGCCUCCGGGGCCGCCGCGCCCGCCACGGGGGCGGACUCGGGUGCUGGCGCCGCGCACGAGAGCAGCCGCUCCGAGUCGCGCCGCUGGACGCUGAUGAUGCUGUCCACGGCGUCGUACGGCCUGGUCUGCCUCGCGGUCCCCGCAGUGGGGCUCCUGAGCACCACGCAGGCUCGUCUGGUGGGCAUGUACGGCAUCGCCGUGCUGCUGGGGGCCACCUUCGGCAACUGCUACUCGCGGUUCAAGGUCUGCUCGUGGGUGCUGCUGCCGGCCGGGGUGGACGUCGGCAACGCCAUGGGAUUCUCGGCGAUGGCACAGCUCGUCGGGACUGGCGUGGGCAAUUUCAUGGCUGGCUGCGUGCUCGACGCCUUCAAGAUGCCCGGCUCGGAGGGGCGGUACGCGAGCGUCGCCUUCGUGGCGAUGGCGUGGGGCAGCGCCGCAACCACGGCGCUGACCUGCUGGCUGCUGAAUGGCAUCCUGGUCCGCAAGGGAGUCUCGUGGCGCCAGGGGCUGACCGGGAGCUGAGCGGUGGGCGCGCGCGAGUGCGGGGCAUGGUUUCGUCUGAUUGCGGCCC